UCUCCUGUAGGUCGGACUGUUAUUGGAUCCUCUCUACAGACUGAUAAAGAAGUUUUGCUUCAGUUGAAAAUUUUUCUCAAGAAAGCCAAUCCAAUAAAUAGAGGCCAAUACACUGAAUGGAGCAAUGAUUCAUCUCCUUGCAAUUGGCCGGCAAUCUCUUGCACUGGUGAACGGGUUACCCAAGUUAAUCUUUCUGACAACAGCAUUUCUGGCGUUUUCUUCCAUAACUUCUCUGCUUUGACUGAACUCACCAMACUUGACCUCUCCAGGAACACGAUUAGUGGGCCUAUUCCAGAUGAUUUAAAUCGAUGUAACAAGCUUACGCAUCUAAAUCUCUCUCACAAUAUCCUUGAAGGAGAACUGAACUUGACUGGACUCGCCAAUCUUGGGGCACUCGAUCUAUCUGUGAAUAGACUUUCUGGUGGAAUUCGUUCCAACUUCCCGGAAAUCUGUGGCAGAUUAAACAUUCUCAACAUCUCAGCAAAUAAUUUCACUGGUGGCAUUGAUGGUUGCUUUGACAACUGUUGGAGUUUGCAGUAUGUUGAUAUCAGCUCGAAUAAUUUCAGCGGAAGCAUUUGGUUGGGCUUUUCAAGACUGCGAGAGUUUUUGGUGUCUGAGAAUAACCUGAGUGGAGAAGUCUUGCCAUCCAUAUUCACUGGGAGUUGCAACCUAGAACAUCUAGAUAUGUCAGAAAAUCAGUUUUAUGGGGAAAUUCCAAAAGAGAUCUCAAACUGUAGAAGAUUGGUUUCUUUGAAUUUGUGGGGAAAUAAUUUCAGCGGAAAAAUUCCAUCUGAGAUUGGAUUGCUAUCAAAUAUCAAGGCUCUGCUCUUAGGAAGAAAUAAAUUCUCAAGAGAUAUUCCACAAUCAUUAAGAAACUGCAGCAAGUUGGAAUUUUUAGACCUUAGCAGUAACGGGUUUGGCGGAGAUAUACAGAAGACCAUAGGAACAUUUGAGCAGGUGCAAUUUCUUUUGUUGCAUGGAAAUUCAUAUACAGGAGAAAUACUGUCUUCAGGAAUUCUCAAUUUGUCGAAUCUAAUUCGGUUAGACCUCAGCUUUAACAAUUUCUCUGGCCCGUUGUUGGUUGAAUUCUCCAGAAUGACAAAUUUGAAGUUCUUGAUCCUUGCCUAUAAUCAAUUCAAUGGCACUAUACCGCUGGAAUUUGGGAAUUUGUCGCUUCUCCAAGCACUUGAUCUCUCCUUCAAUGAACUAACUGGCCAGAUACCAUCUACGCUCGGUAAGUUGAGUUCCCUCUUGUGGUUGAUGCUUGCAAACAAUUCACUAACAGGGGAAAUACCUUGGGAGAUUGGGAACUGUAGCAGUUUGUUAUGGCUAAAUCUUGCCAACAACCAGUUAUCUGGCAGAAUUCCAUCUGAAUUGGCAAAUAYAGGGAAAAAUCCCACUCCAACAUUUGAGUCCAAUAGGCGAGACUAUCAUGUUACAGCUGGUUCUGGUGAGUGCYGGGCGAUGAGGCGAUGGGUUCCUGCAGACUAUCCGCCUUUUAGCUUUGUCUAUACACUUUUCACACGGAAGAGUUGURGAAGCAUUUGGGAUCGAAUGCUCAAAGGCUAUGGACUUUUCCCAAUCUGUGCUGCCGAUCCAAAAGCUCGAAGACUACAARUUACUGGCUAUCUCCAGCUGACUGGAAAUCAGUUUUCWGGUGAAGUCCCYSCAGAAAUUGGUAAGAUGCAGAGUUUCAGUCUWMUCCAUCUUGSAAUGAAUAWRUUUUCUGGARAGCUCCCCARCGAGAUUGGACRGUUGCCGCUUGUUGUUCUUAACAUMUCUCRGAACAWWUUUUCUGGUGAAAUUCCRRCCGAAAUUGGMAARAUSAGGUGCUUACAGAAUCUGGAWUUGUCUCACAACAAUUUCUCGGGUGWGYUUCCAASAAGCUUGAGCGAGCUGUAUGAGUUGAACAAAUUCAAUGUCUCGUACAAUCCACUCAUCUCUGGUGUAAUUCCAUCGACUGGACAAUUGGCAACAUUUGAAGAAGAGUCUUUC